UGCCUGGCAGUGUGUACAGGCUGUCUGUUUGAGGACGGCCUCUGCAGACCAUCUGAGACCUGUGUGAACGAUGGAGUGUUUGGAAGGUGCCAGAAGGUUCCAGCGAUAGACGUAGACCGCCAUGAAGCGUCCCCGCUGGUUCUGCAGCACCUGACCGCCACCUUGCAGAAGCUCUCCCGUACAGGCUUCACGUGGCAGGACGACUACACCCAGCACGUGAUGGCCCAGGAACUCUCAACCCUUCCCCACACCUACCCGCAGCAUCUGGAAGCUUCCGACACAGCCAGGAGCUCAAAGCUGAGUGUGGAUAAGGAAAGGAGGUAUAGUCUGGAGGAUGACAGCGCUCUGGCCGAGGCUGUUCAGCGCUACCUGCCCUACCUGGAGGCCCUGUCGUGGGCUGCUUCGAACCCGCGCCCCAGGACAAGGCACGACAGACCAUCUGCUCAGGGUCAGGACCCCCGCGCUGACGGCGUGCUGACCUUCAUGGCGCAGACGUCUGCUUUGACCUACGCUCCCGGGCCCCGGGCCGAUCACCCCGGGGGCCGCCCUUUGCGGACACGCAGCCGGCUGCGGCCUGACGAGCUGAGCCCCAAGGUGGACGGCGGUGCCAACACGCAGAGCCUGGUAACUUCGCUGGGCACCUCUGCAGCUCGGAAGCCCCCAGCGCCCCACGGGGAGGGCGAUCCAGGGCCUCAAAACCCGCUGCGUACGCCCUGGAGAACAGCAAGGGUCCUCUCAGCCCCAGCGGCCCUACGGAAAUGGCCUUCAUCACCAGGAGACCCCGAGGACCCCCCGGCCUUCAGUGAUGAAGCACUUAUCCGGAGUCUCCUGAAGGACCUGGGAAAGCAGCCUGUGGAGGGUCUGAGCCCCCUGGGCCUCGGCGAGAUGGCCCACGUGAUUGCUACCUCCGUGCGGGGUGUGGAUGCAGAAGGGGAGCUUCAAGGAGCCGAGAAAGGAGCCGCAGGAAAGCCACGAGAGGCCAAUGCUGGCAAGCAGGGUGGAGACGGCACGGCAGAUGACCGGGGACCGGACGGUGAAGGUGGCGUUUACAAGGAGGUCAGUCGUUUGAGCCUCCAACUCGGGGACCACCUGCAGGAUCCUGGGUCCCGACUCUUUCCUGCCACCCCCCUUCUUAUGGAGCCCUUCAAAACGGAGAUGAAGAAAUCAGAGACGCCCAGGAUGCCCCCGGCUUGGGAGGAGGAGAGCGCUGGGGUGGAGGACGUGAGGAGUCAGACCUACUCCAAGGAGCGGCUGGAGGGGCUACCUCCCUCAGAGCCCAGGGCGGGCGGCUUUGGCGAGUUCCAGACCUGGGUUCCAGGGCCCUCGCAGGAAGAUGCCCGCCUUGGAGCCGGAGCCCAGGGACGCCCCAGUGAAGGCCUGCAGCUGGAGGUCAGGCCUUCCCAGGAUGAGGAAGGCUACAUUGUGACCGGAGAUGACCCCCUGAGCCCAGAGAAGGGGAAGGAGCUGAUGGAGAGCAUCGCGCGGCUCCUGGAGGUGCCGAUGAGUGUCUUCCCAGACAUCGCUGUCCUGGGACCAGCCGUGACCUUCAGAGUGAGCGCCAGCGUCCAGAACCUGACGACGGCGGACGUGGUGCAGGCUACAGUCUCGACUUUAGUGCCCAGGGACCUUUCCUGGAUCAGAGGCCGAAUUUCCAUCACCUGAUGAGCUCAUCUGAUGUGACAGCCUUGGAUGCAGAUGGGGAGUCUCCCGUCAAUAGCUUUUCCUCAGAGACAAAGAGAGGCAAACGUCUAUAUUCAUUCCCUCCCCUCAUGCGUGAGUAACACCAGCUCUCCCCUCGUCCUCUGUCUCUACCUGGGAGUCACUGCAAAUUUAAACUUCAGCUUUUCUCUUCCGAGCUGGCUGUGCUUUUGCAGAGCUGUUUACGGACGCCCAGCAGCCUUGUCUAUCUGUUUACGUUCAGCGUGUUUUGACAUGUAAAUUUACAUGAGGCAUAUUUAA